AUGAAUAAUGAACGAACUAUACAUACCGCAUCAGUGUUAGCAAGUGGAAAAGUAUUAGUUACAGGUGGAUAUGAUGCUAGUAGUGCUUAUUUGAAAAGUGCGGAGUUGUAUGAUCCAUCAACAGGAACUUGGACAUCUACUGGUAGCAUGAAUCAUGUACGAGAGUGGCAAACGGCAUCAGUAUUAACAAAUGGGAAAGUCUUAGUUGCUGGUGGAUCUAGUGGUAGUAGUGAUUAUUUGAAUGGUGCGGAAUUGUAUGAUCCGUCAACAGAAACUUGGUCAAUCACUGGUAGCAUGAGUGAUGGUCGAAGUGAACACACAGCAACCAUUUUAACAAAUGGAAAAGUUUUAGUAACAGGGGGAUUUGGUGGUAUUGCUGGUUAUUAUAGUAGUGCUGAGCUGUAUGAUCCAUCCACAGAAACUUGGACAACUACCGUUACCGGUGGACAUACUGGUGGUGAUUUUGUGAAUAGUGAUGAGUUAUAUGACCCAUCAACAGGAAUUUGGACAACUACUAGUAGCAUGAAUGAUGUACGAUUUCUGCACACCGCAUCCAUAUUAACAGAUGGGAAAAUAUUAGUUACUGGUGGAUCUAAUGGUAUGAAUAAUUAUUUGAAUACUACUGAAUUGUACGAUCCAUUAACAGAAACUUGGUCAAUUACUGGUAGUAUGAAUAAUGCACGGAAAGAGCAUACAGCAUCUAUAUUAACAAAUGGGAAAGUAUUAGUUACUGGUGGAGAUGGUGGUAAUGGUUAUCUGAAUAGUGCUGAAUUGUACGAUCCAUCAACAGAAACUUGGGAAACUAUUAGUAGCAUGAAUUAUGCACGAUUAGCGCACACCGCAUCCAUAUUAGUAAAUGGGAAAAUCGUAGUUACUGGUGGAUAUAGUGAUACCGAUGUUCUGAAUAGUACUGAAUUGUAUAAUACAUUAUCAACAGAGUAA